CUCAAAAGAAAGAUUGGAUUGUUAUUGUUCGAUUCCACCAUGUACAGUGAGGGAGAUUAUCGUGCCCAGUCCUCUUGUUGAAGGCCACUCGUACGCCACUCGUCGUUCAAUGUUUUGCCUCUCAUGAAUUUCUAAUUCACUGUGAUACGAAAGUGAGCCCAGGUUCAGUGCGGGCGAUGCACUCGCUCGCCGGCACCACCAGGUGGCGCACCUGCUCUUCUCAUUGACUUUCGUGGAGGCCCCACAAAUCUUGACUUCGUCGUUUCUCUUUCGAGCAAGUUCCAUUUUUACUCGAUGGCAUUUCCUGAAUCAAAUGUACGCAUUUCCUCUACAUUUCCAAACGUAAACGUGUACUUUUGCUCCAUUACGUGUCCUAAAUCAAAUGCAUGAUUUCCCUCCAAUACAUUUCCGGAAUGAAAUGUGUUCAUUUCCCCGAGCCGUGAAGAAAUGCGGCCUGAACUGCGCAACACAGAAACUGCGCAGAAACGAGUCCUGCCUAUUGCGAUGAGCUCGACUUCUUUUCAGGUCAAGUGCACAUCGGUUGAAGAGUAAAACCAUGAGCCAGAUAAUACUGUUCAUUAAGGUGAUCACUCUGUGUUACGCCACCCGAAGCGAGGCAAAAGUUGAAGCGAACUGUGACCAAAAUGUUGACCUGCACUGUCCGUGUUAUGACGGCACGGAUUUCCUGUUGCUGACUUGGUACAAGAUGAGUGACCAGGGAAGGCGCUUCGUCAUCAGCAUCGGUGAAGGCUACGUGGAGAAGGAGAACCUUUCUCAACGGGCCACGUUCGGCAAGGACAAGCGCCUUCAUUUGCCUGCCGUGCGGCCCCACGACUCCGGAACGUACAAAUGUGUCAUCACUGCAAAUGUAGGCGGUCGAAACACAAUCUGCACGGUCGACCUUUUGGUUCAUGCUUGUGUGACCGGCACACCGCCAAACGUGCUGCACAGCACAGUUCCAAGCACUGUGAACACGAGCCGACAUGAAGAGGAGCUGCCGGUCAUGUGGAGCGUUCUGGGCUACUUGGCAGUAGCCUUGACCAAAGUGCUCGCGUCAUGCACAAGUAUUUGGGUCAUUCAAGCUUUGUGCGCCACACCUUCUAGACAAGCGAACAAAACUGGAGACGAUCUUUGAAGACGUUCAACAUUGUGUCUAAAACGUGAUUGUGUUUGUUGAGUGACUGCUGUUUGUUUGUAGUCUUGUAAUUGUGUGAAAAGAAGGGGAAUUAAACCAGAACUUAA